CGCCGGAAUUUGGACGGCGCUGGCCCGGCCCUGAGGCGGCUGCGCGGCCCGCUGGAGCUGUUCUCCGCCCGGCCUCCCCUUCCGCGCUCCCCCGCGCAGAGAGCCGGUGGCGGAGGAGGAGAACGGAGGGGAGUUGGCGGCAGAGCGGGGAGGACGGCUUAGCUGCCACCGGUGAGAGGAGGAGGGGGAACGACCCUCGGGCCGCCUUCGCUGGGGUCCUUGUGGCAGGAGGAGAAUACUGACCUGAGAUGGAAGUCAAAACAUCAUUUAACAAAGCCUGUAGUAUUCCUGAAACUGUAUCCACAUUAAUUAAUGAAGAAUUUGUCCUGGUUCAUCAGCAAUCAGAGGAGACCUCUGGAAAAGAUGAAAAACCUCAGCUAAAGGUAUUUUCAAAUGGAGAAGAACAGCUGGAGAAGGCAAUGGAAGAGAUACUGAGGGAUUCUGAAAAAGACCAGAACAUUUUCACUGCUCUCCAAGAAGGUCCCAGUGAGGGAAGCAGCCAGGCAGGUGGAGAUGAAUCAGCAAGUCAAACAAACCAACCAUCUCUGCACCUUGCUUUAGACCCUUCUACUUCAGAAAUCUCUGCACCAAGGCCAUCUUCUCCCAGUGAGCCCCUUGAAGAGGACAGUGUAUUGUUUAACAAACUGACUUAUUUAGGGUGCACAAAGGUGUCUGCCCCUCGAAAUGAACAAGAAGCUCUGCAUGCCAUGGCAAGCAUGAAAUCUUCCAGUCAAACCCCUCUACCUGUAACACUUUAUGUUCCAAACAUUCCAGAAGGCUCUGUAAGAAUAAUAGAUCAAGCAAGCAACAUAGAGAUUGCCUCUUUUCCAAUCUAUAAGGUGUUGUUUUGUGUUCGUGGAAAAAAUGGGACCCCAGAGAGUGACUGUUUUGCAUUUACUGAAAGCAGCUGUGGGACAGAAGAGUUCCAGAUUCAUGUUUUCUGCUGUGAGAUUAAAGAAGCAGUCAGCAGAAUUUUAUAUAGUUUCUCAACAGCAUUCAAACGUUCUUCCAAACAAGCAUCAGAUCAUGCUAAGGACUUCAUUCUUCCUACUCCAGAUAGUGAUGUGUACACUUUCAGUGUUUCCUUAGAAAUCAAAGAAGAUGAUGGAAAAGGAAAUUUUAGCCCUGUGCCAAAGGAUAGAGAGAAAUUAUAUUUCAAGCUUAAACAGGGAAUUGAGAAAAAAGUGGUGAUCACAGUUCAGCAACUCUCAAACAAAGAACUGGCUAUUGAAAGAUGCUUUGGGAUGCUACUGAGCCCUGGACGAAAUGUGAAGAACAGUGACAUGCACUUACUAGACAUGGAAUCUAUGGGAAAGAGUUCUGAUGGGAAGGCUUAUGUAAUUACUGGAAUGUGGAAUCCUAAUGCACCCAUGUUUCUAGUACUUAAUGAAGAAACUCCUAAAGAUAAACGUGUAUUCAUGACUGUGGCAGUGGACAUGGUUGUCACUGAAGUGGUAGAGCCAGUCAGGUUUUUGCUGGAGACUGUUGUGCGUGUGUAUCCUGCCAAUGAACGCUUCUGGUACUUCAGCAGGAAGACCUUCACAGAAACUUUUUACAUGAAGCUAAAACAGUCUGAAGGAAAAAGCCACACAAAUGCUGGGGAUGCAAUUUAUGAAGUUGUCAGUCUACAAAGAGAAUCUGCAAGAGAGGAGGAAUUGGUCAGCCCAACAAGUGGAGGAGGACCCGUGUCAUCCCAGGAGGAUGAGGCAGAAGAAGAGAGUGAUAAUGAACUCUCCAGUGGCACUGGUGAUGUGUCAAAGGAUUGUCCUGAGAAGAUUUUGUAUUCCUGGGGAGAAUUACUGGGGAGAUGGAACAGUAAUCUCGUUGUGAGACCAACUGGAUUAUCCACCCUGGUGAAAAGUGGUGUUCCAGAAGCACUAAGGGCAGAGGUUUGGCAAUUGCUGGCAGGAUGCCAUGACAACCAAGCAAUGCUGGACAGAUACAGAGUUCUCAUCACAAUGGAUUCUGCUCAAGAGAGUGUCAUUACACGAGAUAUUCACCGUACAUUUCCAGCACAUGAGUAUUUCAAAGAUACAGAAGGAGAUGGUCAGGAAUCUCUAUACAAAAUCUGUAAGGCAUACUCUGUCUAUGAUGAAGACAUUGGCUAUUGCCAGGGGCAGUCUUUCCUUGCAGCUGUGCUCCUCCUUCAUAUGCCAGAGGAGCAGGCAUUCUGUGUAUUUGUGAAAAUAAUGUAUGACUAUGGCUUGAGGGACCUCUACAGAAAUAACUUUGAAGAUCUUCAUUGCAAAUUUUUCCAGCUGGAGAAGUUAAUGCAGGAGCAGUUACCUGACUUGUAUAACCAUUUCUUAGGCCUCAAUUUGGAAGCUCAUAUGUAUGCUUCCCAGUGGUUCCUCACUCUUUUUACUGCCAAGUUUCCACUCUGCAUGGUCUUCCACAUCAUUGACUUACUGCUUUGUGAGGGUAUGAACAUCAUCUUCCAUGUAGCCUUGGCUCUCUUAAAGACAUCAAAAGAGGACCUCUUACAAGCUGAUUUUGAAGGAGCUUUGAAGUUCUUCAGGGUUCAGUUGCCAAAGAGGUACAGAGCUGAAGAGAACGCCAGACGACUGAUGGAACAAGCCUGCAACAUUAAGGUGCCAACCAAAAAGCUGAAGAAAUAUGAGAGAGAGUACCAAACAAUGCGAGAGAGUCAGCUGCAGCAGGAAGAUCCUAUGGACAGAUACAAGAGGGAGAACCGCAGGCUGCACGAAGCAAGCAUGAGGCUGGAGCAGGAGAAUGAUGACCUUGCCCAUGAGCUUGUAACAAGCAAAAUUGCCUUAAGGAAUGACCUUGACCAGGCUGAAGACAAAGCAGAUGUUUUGAACAAGGAACUUCUUCUGACCAAGCAGAAGCUUGUGGAGACUGAGGAAGAGAAGAGGAAGCAGGAAGAGGAAACAGCUCAGCUGAAGGAAGUCUUCAGGAAGCAGCUGGAGAAGGCAGAAUCUGAGAUUAAGAAAACCACAGCCAUUAUUGCUGAGUAUAAACAGAUUUGUUCCCAGCUGAGUACCAGGCUGGAAAAACAACAAGCAGCCAGUAAGGAUGAACUGGAAGUUGUGAAGGGUAAAGUGAUGGCCUGCAAACACUGCAGUGAGAUUUUCAGUAAGGAGGGGGCACUGAAGCUGCCUGCUGUAAGCACAGAGAAUAAAGGAGUAGAAACUGAUGAUGAGAAGGAUGCACUGAAGAAGCAGCUGAGAGAGAUGGAGCUGGAACUUGCACAGACCAAACUGCAACUUGUGGAAGCCAAGUGCAAAAUUCAGGAGCUGGAACACCAGAGAGGAGCCCUUAUGAAUGAAAUCCAAGCUGCCAAAAACUCUUGGUUUAGCAAAACCCUGAACUCUAUCAAAACGGCCGCGGGCACCCAGGCGCCGCAGCAGCCUCAGCCACCCCUGCCUCCCAAAGAGGGGAGCACAUAGUUCCAGCCCAACCCGAGUCCAGAGCACAAAGAACACCACAACUGAACCCCUGGAGGAUGCUUCCAGUGGUGUCUCCCCUUGGGAAAAGGACAAAAGGCAGGAGUGCAGGCAUGAAGUGAAAUUCUUCAGUGUUUUUCAUUCAUUCCGAUGUGACCCUUUUCAAAGAGGGAGGGGGGAAAAGUAAUUCCUGUUUUCUGUUGAAUUCUUACUUCUCAAACUGCCUUGCUGAAAGCCACGUUCUGAUACCUUCAUACUUUUACACUUUAUUUUAUACGACUAGUUGUUAAAUAAAUCUAGGUCUUUAAUACAUGACUAAUUGAAAAUUAUUUUUAUCUCGCAUAGAAGGUUUUUUUCUUCUUCUGGACGAAGAGAAAAAAAUGGAAAAAUGUAAAGUACUGAAGCAUAAUCUCUUCAUAGAAAGCACAGUGUAAUAAUUACUCAUGGAGGGGGUGUCUAAGAUAACUUAUGCCCUGGGAGCAUCUCAGAAGUUUAUCUCAGUGACUGCCUCCUGCAGAGAAGCACUUUUUGUAAAGCUUAGGCCAUAGCAAACAUAGUUCUGUGCUCUCUUGGCACAACUGUUUAGGAGCUUCCCUGAUCAUUUCUUAGUCUGGAUUGUUUUGCCUUCAGAAAUGCAAGUGGUGCAGUUCUUUGUAGCACUGUUGUUUAAAGGCUAUUCACAGCUUAACUGGAAUUUAACAUAAUUACCUAGUUCCCUUUUUUCUUUUUAUUUAUACUAAGAAUUCCAAGAAAUUAUUCCUUCCACUUGGCAUAAAGGGAAAAACUGUUUUAAAUUUCUUUGAUGUAUUUGCUGAGAAGCUGAGUGAAGACCUUGGGUAAUUUUGACCUUUUGUAAAUCCUGUGCAAUAAAGUGUAGGUUUUCUGAAUAAAAAUAAUGAAAACCUUCCCCUGGAUCUAUAUUAAAAUUUGGAAAUUCACCCAGAAAUGAGGCAUGAAAUGAAUAACCCGAAAGGCUUGUGCUGCUCUGAUGAAUAAAACAUCACUGCAUCUGUUUGUUAAAACUGUUUGGUUAGAAAAUGCUAUGUUGGUAUUAAUUAUUUUUAUAAAAAACAAACACUUUCAAGUGGAAUACAAAACCUUGACUGUCCUGUGGGGUAGACUUCUCUGAUGAUUCCCAAAUCUGUCUGGUUGUUUUGUAUCUCUUUAAAGUAAGAAAAUUCAAAAGCAUUUGUUUUGAUUGAACAUAAAGUGUUUAUGGAAAUACUUAUUUCAUGGAGAAUUAAAGUAUUGCUUGAACUGAUGGAAUAUUUUUUUAAUUAUACCUAUCAUGUCUAAAGGUGGUCUUGCAGGUAAAUAUUGCUGGACUAAAGGUUGUGUGUUGUUCCAUUUACAAAAUUGUUCCAGGAACAUUUAGUUGUGUUUUGAACUUUUUUUUUUAAUUCUAAGGAAUGCCAUAUCUGUCAGUUUUGUAUAAUAAAAUUUAAUGAUACCCAUCUUGUGCUUUGUUGUCAGCAUAAUUGUGAAUUAUUUUAAACAGGGUAAUACAAAUGUAAUGUUACCAUUAGGAAUGGUGCCAAAGGAAUGACUCUGAAAGACAGUCAGCUUUCUGAAGCAGAGAUCAAAAUAUAAUCAUUAUCCUAAACAACUUUUUUCCUGUGAAAAAAUUCUCUCAGAAGAGCAAGGAGUUUAAAGUUAUUAAUAUUUUGAACUGUCUCUGCAAGGAAGGGAUUAUCUGGAAAUUUUAAUAGAUUAAAAAGGGGAGAAAAAGCAGAAGGAAUUUGUUUUGCAAAUAUUAGCAAAGAUUUUUUUUUUCCCUGGUGACUUUCUUGCUAAUACCAUGGGAUAUAUUCUCUGGGCUGUCUGAGGUUACCAUUAGUCAUUCACUGACCACUUUACACUCAGACCAAACUGCAUCCUCCAUUUGCACCAACAUUUCAGAAUGCAUCUGAUUGUUACAUCUGAGAGCUCUGUGCCACUGAGUGACACUGACUGUUUGACAAGCAUCCCAAUUUCUCAUUUCUGUGAUAGGAAUGAUUUUUUCUUUAAAGGUUAAGACUGUGAUUCCCUGAGCAGCUGAGUUAACCUGACUGCUCCCUGCUGCUCGAAAGAUCUCACCCCUUCAGCUUCCUCUUUGCAGUCGUGUCCUUGUUGUGGAGUUUAACUGGAUGUGAGUAAAAAUAAAAUAAAAAUCCAUGGGUGGGUUUUCCUGCCACCUCCCUGAUCAGCCUUUUGCCAAAUUCCUGUUAAUGUCAUCUCAAAGGGUCCAGUGAAUGCAAGUGGAUCCUGGGGUGGGACUUCCCUGAUUAAUGAGCUCACCACAUGUCAUGGAGCUGCUGUCUCGGUGUAGAGGCUCGCUGACUUUGGAAGUUGAGUUUCUGGGAUGGGGACUGACUUUCUGUGUUUUCUGCCUGGUAGGUGUGGUGAUUUCAAAGCCCUGUAGGAUGGGAGCUGCCUCACAUCAGCAAAACAAAAAGUAAUUCAGAAGGCAACGGCUGCGUUAUCACUCGUGGGAAUGACACAAAGGCAGGAAACCAUUCCAACCUUCCAUCUGUAGAGCCAAGGUAGCAUUUGUAGCAGAGGAAUUUAGAAGAGUAGUAUUUAUGUGGAAACUGCAUCUUCUCAACCAUGAACGAGUAAGAAAAUAAUUUUUUUUAAUUAAAUUAUUAUCUUGAUGAAUAAGCAGAGUGAUAUUGAGAAACCAGGGAAGGAGCAAGGCUGCAGGAUUAAAGCUGGCAAGCUAAAAUUCUGCCUGCUAACUUGUCCAUGCCAGUGGGAAACUGAGCUUCCUGUGAGAAGGAAAAUCUAGGGUUUAAUUGUUCCUUUCAGCAGUAGGUGACAGAGCUAUGUGCACUCAAACUGAUCUGUCAGGGGUAGCUGGUUCAUUGUGCAGCUUUUCAACAGGAAACCUCAUCAAAGCUGAUAAACACAACUCUGUCCUGCCCAGUAAUUAGUUUAUUCUCUAAUUUGCUACAGCUAAGUUACAUUGCUUGCAUAGUUAAGCAACUUUGUUUUCCUUUUUAGACAUUUUAAAAGAUUUCUCUUGGUUGGCCCUUGAAAUUCCCAUUCAGAUUGAUGCUUUUAUCCGUGCCAUUGUGUUAAAAACAGCUUAAAAAAUGAAAAACAGCCAUUUAUAAGGAGAGGGAGUUGUAAGGAAAGUCAAGAACAGGAAGACUUCAGCCCCUUGACAAAUUAGAAAGGGUCCCAUUCACUUCAGAGUCGUGGUGUCACUGAUUGAAUGUGGCAAAUGAGGAGUAAGUGACAAUCUGAAUUUGCUGGCACUGAAGUUACCAAUACUUGGAAGGUUCCUAAGCAGUGCUUUCUCCAGAGGAGAGAGGUAGGGCUGUUCCCCUCCUUCUGUUAAGUAGUUGCAGUGAAAUCCAUGAAACUACACAUGUGUGUGGGAGAACUAUACCUCUUUGAUUUACUGUUAGACUCAGGGAUAAUUGGUAUACUUAUAAAUACCUUCGGUGUUCAAACAGAAACACUCUUACCUUACAAUGCUGGUUUUCUCCCAAACAGUGUAGAAAAAAACCUCAGUUCUUGUUAUGUGAAGAUAAAGCCUGAGAUGUUCUCACAGAGAUGCUGAGGGACUGUUCUGGCUGGCAGGAUGACACAAAAAGCCACCUAUUCCCAGGGCUGUGGGUACACACAGCACCUUCUUAACAACACAGUGGGGUGACCUUAGUUAUUUUCCUGUCCAUUAUGCUCGCAUCCCACUGGGAACUGUCCCAUUACCUCCUUCCAAGUGGGGGAGACAAAAUGAACACUGAUGUUUGGACCUCUCACAUUAGGUUAGGUAGAUAUCACAGCAGCCUUGAAAACAGAGCUAAUCCAUAGAGGGGGUUGGGGAAAUGGAAAGAAUUUCCAGCUGGAGAAAUAACACUCAUCACUGAUCAAGAUGUUGUCUUUCCCAAGCCCAAAGUCUACGUAAUUAAUUUCAGGAUUGUGACUUAACACAUACAGGUUAAUCCUCCAGGAGUACCAGGACUCUCCAUUUCUUCUGGAUUCCAACUACUUUGCUACUGAAUGUAUUUCGUGCUAUUUUUACCUGAAAAAU